GUUCCGGAGACUGUCGGUUCCAUCGGCCGUGAUGCUGGCCAUAGCGCUAUUCUACAUGUUCUGCAUAGUGCUGAUAUCCAAGAGCGCCAUCCAGCAGCGCAUUCCUAGCAAAACCACUAUGCCGCAGCCUACGCAGGAAAGCGACGACUUUGCGUGGAAACGGCCGGCGCCCACGGCCGCUUCUGGCGGGCUGAAUCCAAGCGAAAAGGACCGCCAGCGGCCGCUGCCCAAGCUCCCGCUGACGCGGCUCCCCGGCUGGCCGACCGAGUUCCCCGAAAACCUGACUGAGCACCGGGAGCAGGUCCUGCAGAGACACUGGCCGACGCUGCACGACAAGCAUGUGGCGGAAAUCGCGCCAUUCGUGUGGCACCACCGGGGCAUCGCCGAGGAGCUGCAGGAAAAGGCGCAGUCGCCGGACCGCGAGGAGUCAGAGUGGGCAUACCGGGAGAUGGCGAGGCUGGGCGUGGUGCCGUAUUACGGGGAGCGGGCGAACGCGAGCUUUGUGGUGCUGAUACGGAACCGGGAGCUGGACGAGUUCCGCACGUCAAUGCGCCAGCUGGAGGACCGGUUCAACCGCAAGUACCACUACCCGUAUCUGUUCCUGAACGACGAGCCGUUUUCGGACGAGUUCAUGCAAAUGGUGGCGGCGUCGACGACCAGCAAUGUGACGUUUGCGCUGAUUCCGCGCGACCACUGGAGCCUGCCCGACUUCAUCGACGAGCAGCGGGCGGAGCGCGCGCGCAAACAGAUGGCGGCGAAUAACGUGAUUUACGGCGGCAGCUUGAGCUACCGGCACAUGUGCCGGUUCAACAGCGGGUUUUUCUACAAGCACCCGCUGCUGCGCAAUGUGGACUGGUACUGGCGCGUAGAGCCCGGGGUGGAUUUCUACUGCGACAUCGACUACGAUCCGUUCAAGUACAUGGCCGAGAACGGCAAGCUGUAUUCGUUUGUCAUAGCGCUGAAGGAGCUGGAGGCGACGGUGCCGACAUUGUGGGAGCACACGCUAAAGUACAUGAAGGAGCGCAAUGUGACGUCGGAGCUGCUGCAGUAUUUCGUGGGGCGGACGGGCAACUACAACCUGUGCCAUUUCUGGUCCAACUUUGAGAUUGCGUCUUUGAACUGGCUGCGGACGCCCGAGUACCAGUCGUAUUUCGAGUACCUGGACCAGGCGCAGGGCUUUUUCAUGGAGCGGUGGGGCGACGCACCGGUGCAUUCUCUGGCGGCCGGCCUUUUGCUGCGGCGCGACCAGGUGCAUUUCUUUGAUGAUAUCGCGUAUCGGCAUGCGGAGAUCACGCAUUGCCCGGACACCACGAGUAGCGUGGAGCUGGGGCUCAAGUGCCAGUGCCCGCUGGGUGUCGAUAACUUUGAUAACCACUCCGAUAGCUGCUUGCCGGCAUGGAAGUCGUAUGAGCCGAAUACGUGGUCAUUGAAGGAUACCGAAGAGGCGCUCAGGCUGAUGCGCUUGAGGAAGAUCCGAUUCAUGAACCAGGAGCCGCGUAUUGUCGCCGACCGCCGCCGCUGGUACGACGUCUUUGCUGGAAUCUAAUCCCCCUUUCCAUCCUAUGCAUGUCUCUCUCUCUCUUUCUUUUUGUUAUUCCCUCUUUUCGAUUCCGAAAUUUUAAAUACAGACCUUUUGUGCUUA